CUGGGGCCGCUCUUUCUCGCUCGCUCCCUCGCCUGCUUUCCCCCUCCUCUACCCCGUCCCGGACUCCAGAGAGUCCAAGUGGACGCUUGUCGUGAUUGGCAAGCAGAAAGCCGGUAGAACGUCCCUGGAAUUUUCUAGGGAGGCACAUGCGCGACACCCAAAAUGACUCCCGGCUUCGCUGGCCUCAGGUGAGCGCUCAAUGCCAGGCGCCUUGGUCUUUUCCAGAAAGUGCCGCCAAGCUCCUGGACAAGAACCCCUUCUCCGUCAGUAACCCGAACCCUCUGCUUCCUUCGCCUGCCAGUCUCCAACUGGCUCAACUGCAAGCCCAGCUCACCCUCCACCGGCUGAAGCUGGCACAGACAGCUGUCACCAACAACACCGCAGCCGCCACAGUCCUGAACCAAGUCCUCUCCAAAGUGGCCAUGUCCCAGCCUCUCUUCAACCAGCUGAGGCAUCCAUCUGUGAUCGGCACUCCCCACAGCCAUACUGGGGUGCCCCAACAUGCUGCGACCAUGCCCAGUGCCCAGUUUCCCUCCAAUGCAAUUGGCUUCUCACCCCCUGGCCAGACACGAGCCCCAGGACCCUCUGUGAGCCUUCCCAGCCAAACCCCCAAUGCUGUGGUGAUGCAUCCUUUCAGCGGGGUCAUGCCUCAGACCCCUGCCCAGCCAGCAGUCAUCUUGGGCAUUGGCAAGACUGGGCCCGCUUCUGCUGCAGCAGGAUUCUAUGAGUAUGGCAAAGCCAACUCCAGCCAGGCAUAUGGCUCUGAAACAGACAGUCAGCCCAGCUUCCUGCCAGCCACAGCCUCUACCACAGGCAGUGUGACCUAUGAAGGGCACUAUAGCCACUCAGGUCAGGAUGGCCAAGCAGCCUUUCCCAAGGACUUCUACGGACCCAACUCCCAAGGGUCGCAUGUGGCAGGUGGAUUUGCGGCUGAGCAGGCCGGGGGCAUGAAAGGCGAGGUAGGUCCACUGCUGCAAGGUGCAAACAGCCAAUGGGAGAGCCCCCACGGAUUCUCUGGCCAGAGCAAGCCCGACCUUACAGCAGGCCCUAACCUGUGGCCUCCACCCCCCGGCCAGCCCUAUGAGCUGUAUGACCCCGAGGAGCCCACCCCAGACAGGACCCCUCCUUCCUUUGGGGGUCGACUAAACAACAGCAAACAGGGUUUCAGCAGUGCCCGGCGGCGGGCCAAGGAGGAGCAGGCUGUGCUGUCUGUGCGGCCCCUGCAGGCUCACGAGCUGAAUGACUUUCACGGUGUGGCCCCCCUUCACCUGCCACACAUCUGUAGCAUCUGCGACAAGAAGGUGUUUGAUUUGAAGGACUGGGAGCUGCAUGUGAAAGGGAAACUACAUGCUCAGAAAUGCCUGGUCUUCUCUGAAAACGCUGGUAUCCGGUGUAUACUCGGUUCGGCAGAGGGAACGCUGUGUGCCUCUCCCAACAGCACAGCUGUUUAUAACCCUGCUGGGAACUCUGAAGAUUAUGCCUCAAAUCUUGGAUCAUCAUAUGCGGCCAUUCCAGCAAGGUCAUUUGCUCAGUCAAAUCCCGCAUUUCCUUCGGCUUCCCCUGGGACAAAUUUUGCACAGCGGAGACCGGGUGCUGGCCGAGUGGUACACAUCUGUAACCUCCCCGAAGGAAGCUGCACGGAGAAUGACGUCAUUAACCUGGGGCUGCCCUUUGGAAAGGUCACUAAUUACAUCCUCAUGAAGUCUACUAAUCAGGCCUUUUUAGAGAUGGCUUACACAGAAGCUGCCCAGGCCAUGGUCCAGUAUUACCAAGAAAAGUCUGCUGUGAUCAAUGGUGAGAAGUUGCUCAUUCGGAUGUCCAAGAGAUACAAGGAAUUACAGCUGAAGAAACCUGGAAAAACUGUGGCUGCCAUCAUCCAGGACAUGCAUUCCCAGAGGGAGAGGGACAUGUUCCGAGAAGCAGACAGGUAUGGCCCAGAAAGGCCACGGUCUCGCAGCCCAGUGAGCCGGUCACUGUCCCCGAGGUCCCACACUCCGAGCUUCACCUCCUGCAGCUCUUCCCACAGCCCUCUGGGCCCCACCCGGGCCGACUGGGGCAACAGCCGGGACUCAUGGGAGCACUCGCCCUAUGCCAGGAGGGAGGAGGAGCGAGACCCGGGGCCCUGGAGGGAGAACGGGGAGGACAAGAGGGACAGGGCAGACCUGUGGCCACAUGAUCGCAAACACUACCCCUGGCAACUGGACAAAGCCGAGCUAGAUGAGCGGCUGGAAGGAGGGAGGGGCCACCGAGAAAAGCACCUGAGGCCCGGGUCCCCCGGUCCUCCCCACUCUGCGUCGGGCUACAAGAGCCGAGAGGAUGGCUACUACCGGAAGGAGCCCAAAGGCAAAUCGGACAAGUAUGUAAAGCAACAGCAGGAUGCUCCUGGGAGGUCCAGGAGGAAAGAAGAGGCCAGGCUGCGGGAAAGCAGACACCCCCACCCCGAGGACUCAGGCAAGGAAGACGGGCUGGAGCCGAAGGUCCCUAGCACCCCUGAGAGCACCAAGUCUAAGCAAAAUGAGAAAAACAGAACCAAGAGACCUGAUAGAGACCAAGAAGGAGCUGAUGACAGAAAAGAAAGCAGGAUGGCGGGGAAUGAGGCUGGAAAAGAGGAGCAAGAGGGCAUGAAAGAAAGCACCUCAUCACCAGGCAGGAAGGAGAAAGAAACGGAGUUCUCGGAUGCAGAAGACACAAGGACAAAGAAGGAGCAAGAGUGGGAGAGUGGAAGUGAGGCAGAAGGAGAGAGCUGGUAUCCCACCAACAUGGAGGAGCUGGUUACAGUGGAUGAGGUUGGAGAGGAGGAAGAUUUUAUUAUGGAACCUGACAUCCCAGAACUGGAAGAAAUUGUGCCCAUUGAUCAGAAGGUCAAAAUCUGCCCAGAAAUAUGUCCCUGUGUGACAACCACCUUGGACCUGGACGUAGCCAAGGAUUUCACCAAUGAGGGAGUGAAGCCAGUAGGGAAUGGGGCUACAGAAAUCAACCCCAAGUCGCCCAAAGACCUGCCUUCUGCUUCCACGAGCUGUCCCAGUGACAUGGACGUGGAAAUGCCUGGCCUAAAUCUGGACGCUGAGCGGAAGCCAGCUGAACGGAAGACAGGCCUCUCACUGGAGGGUUCAGAUUGCUACGAGAAGCAGGCAGAGGGUGGGGAGAGCUCCGAUGUUCGUCUGGCCCCUCCACUCCAGCAAAUGUCUUCCCCCAAGCCAGCAGAGGAGGGGGCCCGGCAGCCUAGCCCACCUCUCGAUGACUGCAAGGCCAGGGGGACCCCCGAAGAUGGGGCUUGUGAAGGCAGCCCCCAGGAGGGGAAAGCCAGCCCUCGCCCGGAAACCGACCUCCAAAGCCAGGCUUGCCAAGGAGUGUCGACCCAGGACAACUCCAAGUAUGUGGAAAUGAAAUCUCUGGAUGUGAGGUCACCAGAAUACACGGAAGUGGAGCUGAAACAGCCCCUGUCUUUGCCUUCCUGGGAACCAGAGGAUGUGUUCAGUGAGCUUAGCAUUCCUCUAGGGGUGGAGUUCGUGGUGCCCAGGACUGGGUUUUACUGCAAGCUCUGUGGGCUGUUCUACACGAGCGAGGAGAUGGCGAAGAUAAACCACUGUCGCAGCACCGUCCACUAUAGGAACUUACAGAAGUACUUGUCCCAGCUGGCCGAGGAGGGCCUGAGGGAGACCGAGGGGCCUGGCAGCCCCAGGCCCGAGGAGGGCGGAAUCGUGCCACACUUUGAGAGGAAGAAGCCCUGAUGUCCCUGUGGCUGCUGGAAGCCGGGAGAGGAGGGCCUUCGAGGUGGGGCCUUCCUGACCUCCGGGACGGGAACUAACGCCAGAGAGGAAGGAAAACCCGGCUGCCCGUGUCGCCCUGGCUUGUUCUCGGAGACUCAAGAAAACACCCUUGAAGCGUCUCCCCCGUGAAGCUGUCACCAGAUGUGUCCAGCAGCUGAGGGUCACCCUCUCUCUCCCCAUUGAUUCUCGUUUCCUUCAAUCUACUUCUGUCUUCUUUCCCCUCCCUCCCUCUCUCCCACCUUCUGUGCCAAGGGUCAUUUAUUUUUCAUAAAAUCCAACUUCUCAGGGAUUUUCAGUGUUCAAAUUCUUGACGGGAUAGGACAGGUCAGGCCAGCCUGAUCGACCAAGGAGGAGAUCUCACGGAGGCUCCUGGGUCAGGCACCACUUCGGGGGCCUGGCAUCCCGAGUGUGGGGAGCUGAUCGGGUCCUGCGGGCCUGGAGAGGGGGCACCCGGGACCACCAGCUGGCAGAGGCUGGGGGUUCCUUCAUCGGGACCAUCUUUUUGAAAAGCCCCCAUUUUUAAUAACUCUUUCAUCCUCUCAGUUAUUCUAGAAGUUCACCAGAUUCAUGCCUUAAAAGUAAUGAAUUUCACAGAGGAGGAAAAGAGUUUUCAUUUUGGAAGCUCUGUUACCAAAGUUUAUUUCCACCCUCCAAACUUAUUUCCAUCCUCAGGAUUUCAGGAGGUGCCAUGGUUUGUUCUGUUCUGGACAAUGAAUUUGAUAUAGAUUCACUUCAAUUAAAAAUGAAAACAGUAGCAUCUUCUCCCUUCACCCAAAACAGUAGUUGGUACGGGCUUGGGUCGAAUGUUGGCCUCCCAGCCCCGUGUGGCGUUGGCUCAAGAGACACCAGAUCAGGGAAAUGGAAUGUCCUGGACUCACUCUUGGUACCUGGGCUUGGGCUCCCAGCAGCCUCUCAGUGGGAUGGUUUUUAAAACUAUCUCUCAGCGGGGGAAGAAGCUAAGGAAAGAGCAAGGCUGCAGGAGUGAAGAGCAGCAUCCGAGGCUUGCCAGGUUGUAGGUGGGCAGGACGUCAAGGGCAUUUCAGAGCGCCCCAUGUGCAGACUUUGAUGUUCAAUAUCAUGAGGAACCGAACUCUUUUUCCUCUAGGGUUUUCUGAUACUGGAGGUCAGUGCCUUCAGGCCCCAGACUAGGGAGUCUGAUGUUCCUUUGGGAGCAUGUGGGGCAGAGGUUCUGGGGGAGAUGAGGCAUGAGGCUGGGUCACAGCCCGGAGAAGACCUCAACAAGAUCAGAGGGGAGCUUGUGCUGCUUCCUCAAGCCCAGCUACCUCCCUGGCCCAGCCCUUGGAAGGCUGUUCCUGUGUUUCUGUACCUGACCGCAGAUAGACUGGGAAGGGAUUGUUUGUUUUAUAUUAGUUUUUGCAUUUUUUAUAGUAGAUAAGAUUUUUUAAUGGUUAGAUGUGUAUACGGCACACUCUGUCCUCUGCACUAAUGGCCAAAGAAUAGAGAAAUUAUUGAGUUCGACACUGACAUUUUAUCAGUGCAUCUGAGGUGCAGAGAAGAAGGAAGUAUAGAACAUAAAAUGAUCCUGUGUAAACCUCGAGGCACAUGGUCCCUGGUGCAGAGGGAAUUACAGGGAACCUGUGAAAGAGAACAGCCAAGGCAAACCCCAGAGACUGACCGACCAGCCUGGGCGCCAUCAGAGGCUGGAGGAAGUGGGAAGCCUGACCAGGGCAUGAGGUCAUCUGGGGGCCUCGGGAAGGUUGGUGUCUCAAAGAGAAUAGGCUCUGAAGAUGGUGGCUCAACUCAAGCUGCCUCCACCAGUUCUUCCCUGGUGUUCUGGAGACCGGCCUCCUCCAUUUCUGGGAAAACCUCUGGCCCUAUUUGUCUUUCUUCCCACUCAGGGAAUGUCCAGGGCCAGUUCCCUGGGAACCUUGCUGGGAAGAGCCUACCACCUCCAUCACAGGCUGGAACUGAGCAUUUUCAGAGAGGCUGGCAGUCUUUUUUCCCAGCAAAGUAAAAGACAACCCCACCAGCUCAUCCCCCCCACCCCCAAGCACUGUUUCCAUGGAAAUCAGGAUGGGCUGUUCAAACAGCCUCAUUCCCAAGUAACGCAAUGGCUCCCUUGCUGAUAGACUGACCUUCUCCAUAUCGGAAAGCUGGCGAGAACCCCUGGGAGGGAUUGAGGAAAGGCUGCAUUCAAUCAGAACCUUCACUUUAAAAAUCAUCUGAGAUUCUGUAUCUGUGUAUAUAUAUGUAUUUAUUUCUAUUUAUUUUUAUACAAUUCCAUUGGCAUGGUCCUUCACCCACUCUAUAAUUUGCACUUUUUAUUCCUACAUGUGUCAUACACAAUUCAAGAUUACAGGCAACCAGGAAAAUACUGAUUUAUUUUUAAAGCUUUUCUUCAGUGUUUGUCAACCAUUUCAAAGUGUCUCCCCAAAAAGCUUGUUCAAGAGCAUCUGCUACCUUGAACAACAGAUUCAUUUGUAUCCUGGGUUAAGGUAACAGAAGACCUAGGUAAUUCUCUUUUCAUCAUAAGACACCUGAAAUAAAGUAUAUCCAGGCAGUGUUCCCAAAGAAUUUGGUAGAUUUGAUGUUGGUGUGAACACAGCCUUUACUGCCCUUUCUUGGACAGUCUGAGACUGUGGUGUGUUAGAUUGUACCCAAACUGGACCAGAGUUUGCUUUUUGAGCUUAUGAGAAGAAGAAAAACACUAGGUAAUUUAAGUUUGAACUUGUAAAGUAUUGGAAUUUGUUGAGUGUCGUAUAAAUCGUCAUCACUUUUCCUGAUCUGUAUAACUGACCGCAAGUGUUUGUUUUUACAAAAGGAAGAAAAAAAAAGAUUUUUAAUAAAGAGAAUUUGAAAGCUUG